AUGGAGACCUCACAUCAUAUCGAGGAGCCUCAGCUCGCCGAUAAAGAAAUCCCAGAUGUCGACUUGGACGAUAUCAAGGGCAAUUCUCAGGCUGUUCAGGAGGCUGCCAUGGAUGCUGAACUCGCGCGCCUUGAAGUGCAAUCGCAAGGCGUCAAGCGGUCAAGGUUGGAGAUUACUUUCUCCAGCCCUGCUGUUUUCACGUACGUCAUCGUCGGAUUUGCAUCGCUGGGCGGUCUGUUAUCUGGUCUUGAUCAGUCACUCAUCAGUGGCGCCAAUCUUUACAUGCCCCGCGACUUGAGUCUGUCCAGCAACCAGGCCAGUUUGGCCAACUCGGGCAUGCCUCUUGGCGCUGUCGCCGGUGCGUUGAUCCUGUCUCCGUCAAACGAAUAUCUCGGUCGCCGGAAUUCUAUCAUUUUAUCGUGCAUCCUAUACACCAUAGGUGCAGCAUUCGAAGCCGGUGCCAUCAACUUUGGCAUGAUGUUCGCCGGACGCUUCAUUCUUGGAACCGGUGUCGGUCUUGAAGGUGGUACCGUGCCCAUUUAUGUGGCCGAGUGUAUUUCAUCCAAGGUUCGCGGCAAUCUUGUAUCGCUAUAUCAGCUCAACAUCGCUUUUGGUGAAAUUCUAGGCUAUGCUGUGGCCGCUAUGUUUGUUAGUGUGGAUGGCAACUGGCGUUACGUCUUAGGUUCAUCUCUCGUCUUUUCAACCAUCAUGCUGAUUGCCAUGUUCUUCCUCCCCGAAAGUCCGCGUUACUUGAUGCUUAAGAACCGUGAACUUGAGGCCUUCGUUGUCUGGAAAAAGAUCCGUGGCUUCGAUUCAUACGAAUCCAAAGCCGAAUUUCUUGGUAUGAAGGAAACCGUUUCGGUCGAAAAUGACGGGCAGGGUAGCACCAACAAAUACCCCUGGAUGGAUUUCUUCACCAACCCGCGUGCCCGCCGCGCUAUCGUUUACGCUAAUAUCAUGGUAUUCUUGGGCCAAUUCACUGGUGUGAACGCAGUCAUGUACUACAUGAGCGUGCUCAUGCAAGGAAUCGGCUUCAACGACAAGGAUAGCGUGUUCAUGUCAUUGGUUGGCGGCGGUGCACUCAUGCUCGGUACUAUUCCCGCAGUUCUAUAUAUGGAGAGAUUCGGCCGUCGCUAUUGGGCCAACGCCAUGCUUCCCGGUUUCUUCAUUGGGCUACUAUUAGUUGGAAUUGGCUAUCAGAUCCCAAUAGACAAACACCAGAAACUCGCCGAAGGUCUUUAUUUGACCGGCAUUAUUCUAUACAUGGGAUUUUUCGGCUCUUAUGCUUGCCUGACUUGGGUCAUUCCUUCCGAAGUCUUCCCUACUUACCUCCGUCACUACGGUAUGACGACUUCGGACGCCAACCUGUUCCUGUGCAGCUUCAUUGUUACCUACAACUUCACACGUAUGAUGGAAUCCAUGACCCGAAUUGGUUUAACCCUCGGCUUCUACGGGGGAAUUGCUCUCCUCGGCUGGGUCUAUCAAAUUCUGUUCAUGCCCGAGACAAAGAACAAGAGCCUCGAAGAAAUUGACGAACUAUUCAGCAAGCCCACUUCGGUUAUUGUGAAGCAAAAUGUCAAGAACACGGUGCAGGUUAUGCGAGACUUGAGCAGACUACGACUAAGGAAGGUCUUUAUCCCUGAGUAA